GUUUACUUUUUUCCUCUCAUCUAAAAAACAGCGCGGGAUUAUUUUCACCCGCGGUUCAGAAGAUGAUGGGAGCUAGUUUUCUGAGCGCAGACCGGGCUCGCAGUCCGCCGGUGAAGGUGUUGUCCAGUCAGCUGCGGGAAGCCUCGGAGAGCCAGAGCUCCGGUGGGAAAGCUGAGGUUGUGAUCCGGCGUCUGGGAGCCGCUGGCCGGCGCUCGCUGCAGGUGUCGGUGGUGUGGAUGCAGGGGACUGUGCUGGAGCUCCAAGCUGACAACAACACCCUCCUCAUGCUGGAUGAGACCGGAAACUUUACUGUUAACGGCAUCAACAGCGUGCCGAAAGGAAAACCCUGCCUGAGUCCCGGUAAAUACGUCAUGGUUAUGGGUGUCAUCCAGUCUCACAGUCCAGAACCAGUCCUGCGAGCUGUGAAAAUGGCAGACCUUUCUGAAAACGCAGCUCUUCACAGGAGAAACUGGAUAUAUGAAGUGGAAGAUCUCCAGCGGGUUUUGCCCUAAUUUUGUUUCAUUGUUAUUAUUAUUAUUUUUGCACUUAUUAAUUUUGGUUCAACACUCUAUUGAUCUGAGCAUAUUUGCAAAUGACAUCUCCUGAUUGACACACAAAAGACAUUUAAGUGAGAUAUAAAUUUUAUUUCAAGAAUUAUUUUCUAUGAAAAUUUAAGUGAAAUUACACUGUAAUUAAGCUUCAAUCACAAACAAAGAGAUUUUCUUACAGUUCUGCUAUUAAAUAUACAAUAAAAACAAAAAGAUUACAAUUAAUUGUCAGUGAAAUCACAGUUUGCAGAGAUAAGACAGUUAUGUUCAUUUAUAUAAAUACAGCUAUGGAAAAUAAAUAAAUUAUGAGACUACUUGAAAAUUCUCAGUUUCUCUAGAUUUAUGGUAUUACAAAUUUUAAUAUGCGUUUUCUAUAAAGAUCUGAUAAUGACAGAAAAUGGGUCACAAUAACAAAUGUUUUCAUUUGUUGUGAUUGAAAAUAUCACUUUCUUUAUUCUUGAAACUUAAAUCUGAGAUUGAACUCGUGUUGUCUAAAAUUGAAGACUUGUGUCUGAAAGUCAGUGUUAAUUUCGUCAACGAAAAUGGUUUGGAAUUUUAAAAAAGUGACUCGACAAGUCUGCUGUGCCAGAAACUGAAUGUGCAUGCUCUGAUCUGCUCAUCGAAUGAUUAUAGCAAAAAAUAAUGUUGUUACUUUAGAUCAGGGGUGCACAACUCAGUCCUGGAGGGCCGGUGUCCUGCAUAUUUUAGUUCUAACCCCAAUUAGACACACCUGAACCAGCUAAUCCAACUCUUUCUAGACAUACUAGAAACUUCUGAGCAGGUGUGUUGAAGGAAGUUGGAGAUAAACUAUGCAGGACACCAGCCCUCCAGGACCGGGUUUGAGCACCCAUGCUUUAGAUCUUUUUGACUACAUUUUAGUUUAGUCUUUUUUCAGCAGUGAUUCACAGUGUGCUGUAUAUUAAUAAUAUUUAGUCAUGUUACUGCUGUGAAUUGUGAAGAUUUUUUUCACCUUUAUUUUUUGUUGACAAAAUGAACACUGCUGAAAACGAAACUUCUUUAUUAUUUUGACCAACUGUCAAUUUAUGCAAUAAUGGGUGCUCGCUGAGGAGCUACUUGGGUAGAGCUCACCUCCAAUGAGGGGGGAGCUUGAGCACCAGCUCCUCCCCCUAGAAACUGUUUUAAUGCGUUCACUUACUCCGCCUCUAACCCCAACCCCCAUUGUCAUCACUUGUAGAAGUAGAGCAGCAUGGAGGAGCUGGAGCUCAGCUUUGCCCUUGUGGCUCUGCAGUGAUUUCCACUUGGUAAAGCUUUUUUUUUUCUUCUUCUUCUUCAAUAUUGUUUAAAUGUCAUUAGUUUUCAGGCCAAAACAAAAAUCUUGUGUCAGAAAAUAAGUGUUAAUUUCGUAAACGAAGAUAGAUUGAAACAAACUGAAACAUACAAGUCUGCUGCGCCAGUAACUGAAUAUGCGCACUCUGAUCUGCUCAUCCAAUGAAUAAAUAAAUGAGCAAAUUAUUCCAAUGAAAAAUGUUCAUUUUGAUCUUUUUGACAACAUUUUAGAUUCGUUUUUUCAUCAAUGAUUUUGCGCUGCUCAUUCAUAAUUCUCAGUGAUGUCAUUAAUGCGUAGAACUGUGAAGUUUCUGUUUGUUUAGGUGAGAAACAUUUUCACCCUUAUUUUUGUUGACAAAAUGAACAGCUGAAAACGUUGACCAACUGUCAAUUUAUGCUAUGAAUUGCGCAUUUUUCUAAAAUAAUGUACAAAUGUCAUCAGUUUUCAGGUCAAAACAAAAAUCUUAUGCUUUCUACUUCGCAAAUACCACAAACUGAUAAUUUCCAAGUGCUCUUAUUUACUUUAUAUUUAUUUGUCCCUCAUAGCUGUAAAUGUGCAUGUUUGACUGUGUAUGUAUGAUUACAUGUCAGUUUGUGAGUGGCACAGAUUGGUGAAUCGACUCUUACUCUUAAGAAUGAAUUCGUUGUAACUUCCUUCCUUCAUAAAUACACAGUAGGUGCGUUUCACGGCUCUGGGGGGAUUUCAGAAUCUCUUGUGCACCCCUAAAACACUGCUGCAGUUUGGACAGUGGUGCGUGACGUCCUUCAGGUCCUCUAUGCAGAACGGAAUCAGGCAGCAGCCGUAGAUGCAGCUGAAACAGCAGGAAGAGGAGCAGGAUGAUCAGCUGAGAGUCUUUCUGCAGUAUUGAGAUAUCAGUCAUGUUUUAACUUACCCGAAAACGGCCAGUCCUGCACAGGAGAGCCAGACUAGUGGUCCUGAGGAGUACUCCAGACGAGUGAUGACGGACUGUGAACACACUGGGCAGUGAGCCUGAACUGGGACGUUUCCAAACACCAGACCAGGCUGAACAUACACUGUCUGGACGGCUACUGAAGAGCAGACAAGAAAUGUGC